AUAUUAGGCGGGUUCCGCGAAUAUUGGCUGCGCUACUCGUUGGUUGUUUCGUAUGGGAAUAUGAUGUCUUGGAGCUGUCAUUGGUAAAAUGGAUAUGUAAGUGGUCAUUAGUUUAUUAAGAUGGUGUUUUUGUUUUUGCUUUUCUGACGACAUUUUUUUAUUAAGGGUGGAGAACCUCACAGACUUCUCUCGAGAUAGUGAUGGUGGGAGCGAAAGAGACAUGUUUGAAGUGACGAGUACUAGGCUGUCUGCCUGUAAACACGAUGGUGGCGAUCAUCAGCAAGACAAAGAGAGGUAUGCAAGGGAAAGUCACUGUGAAAUAGAGAGACGAAGACGUAACAAAAUGACUGCAUAUAUAAACGAAUUAUGUGAAAUGGUACCAACUUGCAGUUCACUCGCAAGGAAGCCUGACAAACUUACUAUUUUGAGGAUGGCUGUAAGCCACAUGAAAUCGAUACGAGGAACUGGGAGUACAACAUCUGAUGGAUCAUACAAACCCUCAUUUCUUUCAGAUCAAGAACUUAAGCAUUUGGUUUUGGAAGCUGCGGAUGGAUUUCUUUUUGUUUGUCAAUGUGAUACUGGAAGAAUCAUCUAUGUGUCUGACAGUGUAACAUCUGUGCUCAAUCAAACCCAGUCAGAAUGGUAUCAGCAUACUUUGUACGAGUUAUGCCACCCGGAUGAUGCAGAGAAAAUAUGUGAACAACUUACUGGAUCUAUAUUACCGUCACAAGGUGCUAGUAUUUUAGGUCUCACAGGUCAAGCUUCUUUAUCGAAUAGUAAUUCGACCAAUCUCACCAAACAACCCGCUGGAUCAGACCUUAAAAUGGGCCCUGUUGCAUCUGAUUCCUCUCCUACAUCAGUAUCUGAUCUGGUAUCUACCCACAUAUGCGCUUCCCAACGCCAUAAUUCUCCAGCAAAUUUGACUAAUAAUAUUUGUUCGUCACCUGCUCCUGGGCGGAUACUAGAUUUAAAAUCUGGCACAUUGAAGAAGGAAGGUCAUCAAUCUCACUUACGAGGGAAUAUGAGCUCACGUCGUGGUUUCAUUUGUCGAAUGCGCCUAGGUUCAGCUAUCCAGUGUGCUAUGCAAUCAGAUGCUGGAGUUGUAAGUUCAUUAGGAUUAACAGCUCGGGCGCGUUUACGUUAUCGACAUACUUUUGGAAUAUCAUCAAGCGGUCAAUGUUCUUAUGCUGUUGUUCAUGUGACUGGUUUUGUGAAACCAUACAAUCCUACGAUUGACCCCACUCCGAAUAAUGUUCAAGUUAGUGGUCAGGCUAUAGGAUCUCAAACAUACCCCCUAUUCGAUGGUCUCAUCUCAGAAGAAAGUGACUUUAAUCCUCCAAUCUCCGAUAAUAAUCACCUCGGUCGUUCCGAUACAAAUAAUUGUUCAGAUGUUCAUGUACCUCAGUGUUUAAUAGCUUUAGGUCGUUUACAGGUAGUCAACAAACCAGAAGCCCUUGACCUUUAUCCUCAUCGUUUUAAUGAAUUCCUUACACGUCAUUCAGCAGAUACGCUUAUCACAUUUUGCGAUCAACGAGUCCAAAACGUUCUUGGUUUAGAAACAAAUGAAGUCCUUGGACAAGCCUUUGGAAAUCUCCUACCUUCUUCUAGAGACAAGAUUAGUUUUCAAGAAGUUUUUGACAAAGCCUGGAAGCUCAAAGGCCAGUCAUUCACAAUCAUGGUACAUAUGCGUUCCAAAUUAUUUACUGAAUUGCUGUUCGUUAAAUGUCAUUUAACAGCGUUUGUGAAUCCCUACAGUGAGGAGGUAGAAUAUGUUAUUUGUACAACAAGUUCUAUGAAAGCUUUCGAAAGUGAGACUUCAGUUUCAAAUCCAAAUAGUACCUAUACGGAAAACAACAGUUACGGUCAAGCUAAGGCAGAUUUCUUUGAGAGGACAUCCCAUGUUACUCACACUAAUUGUUCAAUAGUACGUGAUCAUAUUAAUACGACACCAGUUCAACCGAACCCUAAAUCUUCGACUUAUAUUCAUUCAGUUAACCAAGCAAAAGAAUCACAUUUGUCUACUUACUGGAGACAUACAAAUGAAAAUACAGAUCACUUUGAUCCAGGAUUCGCAAUACAACCAAGUACUACUGAGAUGAAUCUAUCCUCGAAUAUUGAUCAUCAAUCAUAUCCAUUUUCUGGCCAGGUAGAUUCAUCCUUGAACGAACCUAACUCAUUACACAGUUUGUCAUGCUCUAAUACACAAUUAAUACCGCAAUCAAAUCAAGAACACACUAAUAUUCAACACCAUACAGAUCCAGCAUCUGGUGACUAUUUGUCAUCUAUGCCAAACAAUUACGGUACACUACGAAACGGUACAGAUUUUCCGACAAGUGAUGUUCAAGUGCUAAAUAAUUUUGGUAAGUUUCACUUUAAUUAUAUUGUUAUGGAUAUCCAAGUGAGCAUUAAUUGACAUUUAAUUAAGAUAGUACUUAACCUUAGCAACAAUCCAAGUUUUUUUAAUUACUUUGAAGUUAAUUUUGUUAUACAAAUGCACAGAAAUAAGAGUGUAAUCUAAUGUCUAGUGUUAAGCUUUUAACUGAAAGUAAAUCCAUAAUACAUGAUAAUAAAUAUUUCAUGAUAACUUGUGACUUUUUACUCAUUUUCUCUCGGUCCCUUCCUCAUAGCACUGAAAUCUAUUCUCAUAAUCAUUUCGAAACUCUAUUUAUCAACGCGAUAUAAAAUCAAUCAAAACUGGCUUUUGUUCUCAUUUUUUAUAUAAACUGCCAAUUGAAUAAGACUCACCAAAUGUACAGUAAUGUGAAAUGACUAAAAGAACAAAACUGGAUCGUGAUUGAAUUCUUUGUGAUAAAUUUACCAGGAUAUAUCACUUAUUCUAGAAAGUAAUCAGAUAGUUUAAGGAAGCUUUACUUGCUGUCGAUUAAAGGAUACGUUUGAAUUCUUACUGUUUAUAUUUCAUUUUCAAUUUCUAGAUACUUUUCCGAGAAAUUAUUUCACUUUUAUUGCCAAGGCAUUUGUUCUCUUGUGACAACUACAGAAGUAUCACAUAGACCAAUGCAACACAAAAUUAUGGGCUAUAUUGUAUACCAAUAUAAAAAGUAUUACUAAUAAUUAUACUUGCACAGAAAGUUGUAAAACAAAGCACCGCUAUAACAAGCUACUGUUUUUUUUUCAAUUCACUUCAGAUGUGUAGCUAAAUAUGAUUUUCAUGUUUAACAUGGAUAAUUCAUGGCUCAUACUGUUGCUGUUGUUCCACUUUAUCUUAUCAGUAUUUAGAAAACUGUUCUGCUAAAUAUCGUUGCAAUCAUUAUUAGGUGUCCACUAGUUUCACUCACAUCUUGUUCAACAUACUGAAGUAAAAUACUUAUAAGUUGUUACUAAAAUCUACAUUCUUAUCGUUAAGUAUUUAUUUGAAUGAGUUUUGUGGAGAAUUUAGGAAAUUUCACAGGUUGAAAUCAUGAGUCAAUUGAAGCUAGACCACCAUGGAAAACCUGAAAGCACGGUGGCGCAACUUCGUGGAUCGGUUGAAGUUAGACAUUAACACCGCUGGAUGCCGGCUCAGUGGUCUAAUGGUUAAGUGCUCGCGCGCGAAGCCAGUAGGUCCCGGGUUCGAGCCCCACGUGGUGCCAGACCGUGGACGCGCACUGCUGAGGAGUCCCAUUCUAGGACGAAACGGCCGUCCAGUGCUUCCAUGGUGGUCUAGCUUCAAUUGACUUAUGAUUUCAACCUGUGAAAAAGUAUUCAUUUUUGCUUACAUAUCUUUGUACUUGACGAGAAAUUUCCAAAUUUAUAUUUGCAGAUCACAAACGCAACAACUCUCUUGAUGUUAACUGUGCUUUUCAAGCGUCGAACCUAAACACAGGUGACUGCAUAGUUCAAACAUCUGAAAGUGGAUUAACACGCCCAUCAGCCAUCUGUUUUAUGCCGUCAGAUUCAGUAGGUGAUUGUGGUUGUGAUAUUACAGAAAAUAUGUCACCACAUACCAUGUCAUAUCUCAAUAUAAACCGACCAUUUGGUAAUCAUGAAACAUACUUACCAAGUAUCGAUAUUGCCUCAGAUUCCAGGACCUAUCGACAACCAAUUACUGAUCAUCCUACUUCUGCUUUUCAUGGAUGGUACGAUCAUACACUACCUUCCAGUUCCAUAUCCACUUCGGAGUCUUCCUCUAUACCGUCGGAUAUUUAUCAUCAACCCGUUGCAAAUAACCACACGCAAGAUGAUUUAUCCGCCAGCGAUUUUGUAUACCCUCAGCCUCACAUAUUGCAAACCAAUAAUGAAACGAAUAACUGUAUGCAACAAAACUCUCUGCAGCAACCGAGUUAUGAUUAUUUCAAAUACACUGUACAAUAGCUUAAAAAACAUUAUUUGAAGCGAGUUGUAUUUUGUCCCCGGGAAUGUUGUGCAAACACUAUCAUUCCACUUAAAAAUGACUGUUGUAUAGUUUAUUUGGAGUGUAUACUUGAAUUCUCUGUAGUUUUCUUUCAUAAUGAUUCUUUUGUGUAUUCAUAUAUUCUUUUUAUGCAUAUCUAUCUUAAUAGUUAAUAUUGUUAUUGCUUACUUUUGCUGGUCUUUUUUUAUUUAAUCAGGUUAAUCGUUUCCUGAUGUCAUUGUGUACAUGUCUUCUUAAUUAUUUCAUGAGCUUAAAAGGAAUUAUGCUAUGCUUUAAAGAUUAUAUAUAUUCUUAGUUGCUCUACAAUUUCAACAUUUUUAAAUAUCUUUUUCUUUGUUAAUUAAUGGUACUACUUCAUUUAUAAAUAGAAAUAAACUGUAAACUAAUGUACACUAGUUAUCUUAAUUACGUUAUAUAAAAACACAUUUGCAAUAUAUUA